UUGCCACUUCCUUGUUUUUAUGUCAGCUGUCAAAUUCAAUUGACGCGCGAAAUAAGCAAAACAAAACAGAAAUGUCACAGUCGGGGUGUCCUCUUGGUGACAGAAUCCUAGUAGGUUACAUUUUACCCGAAAAGAAGGUUAAAAACCCCGAAAAUGACGACUCUGAUUGGGAAGAUGAUGAGGAGGAAGAAGAUGCACAGCCGGAUUUUCUGGAUAUGAAAGAGAUGGACAGCGUUAGUUCAGGAGGACAUGUGUUUAAUUCCUCCGUACCGGGCCGAAACGAAGUUGAUUUCCUGGACAGCGUGUCUGGUAAGAGAUGCAGAGUAAUGGGCCGGUUCAGUCUGAAGGACCCGUGGUGGGAGGCUACCUGCACGACCCGCGCUGCCAAGGGCAAGCUGGUGCUACGGGGCUACCCUGCCUACCGCCUUCGCUCAGACCUCCAGGGAGACCCGGACCACUCUGUCCUGUCUCUGUUCCUCACCGCCUGCGGCGUGGACGCACAGUUUGUCGUCCCCUUCUUUGCUUGGCUGCCGAUGGGAAGGAAGGUGGAGUUUGCUAACUUGCAGGAAGUUCUGGCUGAGUUUGAGGAAGGAGAGCAGCACAGGGCUUUGGCACAGCAGAUUAAAGCCUUGGUCUCUGUUUCAGUUGCAGGGAUGCGCGUGACUGCUGCCUCUCUGUACCCCCAUGUGAUGAGAUACCUGCCUACCCUACUGCCAGGGCGCUUCACAGAGCUCCUGAGUCGGGGAAAGAAAAGCCAAAAACAUCCUGCGGCACAGGGUGCUACACAGAUAGAGGAGGAGGAGGAAGAGGAGGAUCUCAGCUUGCUGGCCAAAAUAGAGGAGAUGAUCAAGACGGACGUCUGGAAGCUGGGCUUUAACUAUGUUAUGUACAAGGAGUUGAAGGUGGUCCAUUGCGAGGCUCAGCUGAGAUCCUUCCAUGAGUGUAAACUCUUCCAAGAGAUCCCUCUGAAGCAGCGUAACGCCCUGCAAGUCUACGACUCUCUGAAGAACCACUGCUGCAGGACGGGCAGUACCUACACGGAGCUCCCCACCCUGUGUGACGAGGUCAGGAGAGGGUGUAGCUCCGUGAUGGAGGUGGAGGUGUGGGACGCAGUCCACUUCCUCAAAGAGCUGGGCGUCGUGGUACGGGAUCGCCAGAAGGUGGCGCUGCAGAACCUGCAUUCUUAUGAGACUGGGAUAGCUGAGUGCCUACGCUGUCUGGUGCAGGAAGAGCCCUGGGUUAUACCUCUGGAUGUCAUAGAGGUGCUGACUGCUUCAGCUCUGGAGAGGCUGAGGAAGACGGGAGGGGAUGGAGGGAGUAGGGAGGAUCAAGGUGAAGUGGACUCCGACGCAGAGCGGAAGGCUGAUGAGCUGAAUGAAAGGUGUGAUAUGGAUGGCAGCGCUGCAGAGACAGACCGUACUAGUGCUGCUGUUAGAACAGCCAGCGGAUACUCUGUCCCAGACCACAUCAAACCUGAACCAGCCCCUACAGACCAGGGCCCUCCAGUAGAUUUAGACCCAGCCCAGGGCCCUCCUCCAGUAGAUUUAGACCCAGACCAGGUACGUGCAGCAGAGAUGAUCUGCUUCAAUCCAGUGACGGUGAUCAGCGGUAAGGGGGGCUGUGGUAAGACAACGGUGGUGAGUCUGGUGUUCAAGGCCGCCUUGCAGCAGAGCCCAGAGAAGGAGGUCAGGAAGGCAUGCUGGGACUUUGAAAAUGACUCCUUGGGGUCUGAGGCGUGGGAGGAAGCCGAUGCGUGGGAGGAAGAAGCCCUGUCGAAGAGUCUCCUCUCUCAGUUAGAGGGGGAGGUAAAGGACGAGAAGAAGAAGUCGUCGUUGUGGGUUUUACAGGGAGAGGACGAGGUGUUACUAACAGCACCGACAGGGAGAGCUGCGUCUCUGCUCACCAAGAGGACCUGCUUCAAGGCCUACACCCUGCACCAGGUAGUGUGGAGUUUCAUGCAGGCCAAGAAAGACCCCAACGGGGCUCCUGAGGAGUGGAAGUUUGCGUCUGUGCGCGUGUUGGUGGUGGACGAGGGCAGUCUGGUGUGUGUUCAGCUCCUCCACUCCGUCCUCACUAUGCUCACCAAACACGCACAGCUCAGGAAGUUCGUCAUCUUGGGUGAUGUGCGUCAGCUGCCCAGUAUCCAGCCAGGAAACACCUUGUACGGCCUGUUCCACAGUCUGCCUGUUUGUCUAGGUGAUGUGCGUCAGCUGCCCAGUAUCCAGCCAGGAAACACCUUGUAUGGCCUGUUCCACAGUCUGCCUGUUUGUCUAGGUGAUGUGCGUCAGCUGCCCAGUAUCCAGCCAGGAAACACCUUGUAUGGCCUGUUCCACAGUCUGCCUGUUUGUCUAGGUGAUGUGCGUCAGCUGCCCAGUAUCCAGCCAGGAAACACCUUGUAUGACCUGUUCCACAGUCUGGGCCGAGCCCAUUGGGCCAUCGAGAUGAGGACCAAUCACAGAGCUGAGUCUCAACUCAUCGUCAACAACGCCGGACAAAUUGCAGAGAUGGGGAUGAAUCGUAGUUUCAGACCGCUCCACUACGACGCCAUCUUGGAUCUGAAUGGAAGUUACACCAUGCCCUCUGAAGACAAGAGGUUCAUCCUCAUCCUGCUGCCCAACACCGACUCUGACUCUGACUAUGACCUUCAGGUGGCUAUCGAACUACUAUUGAAAGCUGCUCCAGGACUGAGGAAUGACGCCACGUCACAGUUCAUUGCCUUCAGACGGAAGGAGUGUGUCUUGAUCAAUGAGCUUUGCUGCAAACAUUACUGCGACCACCGCACCAAAAACAACAAGAACCGACUAGAUUUCCAGCCGAGAGAUAAAGUCUGCUGUACAAAGAACGGCUACGUCACAGACAGGAACAAGGAAGUGUCUCCCGAAGAAGAGGACUUGGAGAACAGCUACGUAUCUGACACGGACAGGACCAAGCGGAGACUUCCUGGUCUGGACGGAGGGGAGAGACGGAGAGGGAACGGGGCCACACAGAGAGACGGAAGUGGUGACAAAAUGAAAACUAAAGAGAAGAAUAAAGAGCGUCUGUGUAACGGAGAGAUAUUCUUCAUUAAACAUGACGUGACAGAGGAGGAGGCGGGCUCACAGCGGAGCAGGAAGCAGAGGUACUUGACUCUGGAUGAUGGUGACGGACGGGAGCUGUGUGUUUCCUUCAGGGAGCUGCAGAGAGAAUGUAAACUGCAACACGCCUGGGCUAGGACCAUACACACCUUCCAGGGGUCGGAGACCGAGACGAUUGUGUACGUGCUGGGUAACGGUAGCGUCCAGACGUGGAAGCACGUGUACACGGCUGUGACACGGGGACAGAAGCGUGUAUAUGUCAUAGCCAAGCGGGAGGGCAUGGCCUCGGCCAUCAAGAGACGCAUCAUCCCACGUAACACCCGGCUGGGAACCCUGGUCAAAGAGCUGUUGGUCCAGCCUGGGGCUGAGGGGCAGGACCAACCAGACCAGAACCAACCACAGCCGGGCACACCUCGCAGGGCAGCCCCAAGCUUCGGACCUACACAGACCACUCCUCUGGCCUCACAGACACCUAGCGGGUCUCUAAGGACCCCCUACAAAACCCCUAUAGCAGCACCCAGACUCAUUUCUACGCCCAGCCUAGCAGUCCCACUUCACGCCAAUCGUGUCCAGUCCCACUCUACGUCGGUCCUACCCAGGAAGCUGUGGAGAAAUGAGCCUCCAACAGCUCCUCAGGCAGAUGCCUCAGACACCUCUCUAAUGGACGACAUCACUUUCAGUCAGGCAUAUACCUGGUCGCCUAUGAACAGCAGCUCUGAGGACCCCUCUCAGGAGCAGCCUGGGUCGUGUGAGGAGGAGGAGGAAGGGAUCGAGAUGGAGGCUAGCAGCAGCGCUGUAGAGGAUGGACACAUGGGGAAGGGUUCACAUUUAGCUGCUCGGUCUGGGGUUGAGAGCACCCCUUCCAAGAGGACGCUCAGUCCUGACAGUGAGAAACAGAAUGUAACUCAUAAACAGAUCAAGGUGGAGCCAUUCGAAUCACCGCUGGGCUGUUCCAGACUGCAGCAGCUCGCCCUCUGCACGCCCACCUCCCACGGCAAACGGCUUUUCCAAGGUCCACCCUCCGAUCAGGACUGAACGUCUUCUCUCCCUGACCCAUUGAAACCAGGAUAUCUUAUGAUUGAUGGCCACUACUGCAUUGAUACCAGGAUAUCUUAUGAUUGAUGGCCACUACUGCAUUGAUACCAGGAUAUCUUAUGAUUGAUGGCCACUACUGCAUUGAUACCAGGAUAUCUUAUGAUUGAUGGCCACUACUGCAUUGAUACCAGGAUAUCUUAUGAUUGAUGGCCACUACUGCAUUGAUACCAGGAUAUCUUAUGAUUGAUGGCCACUACUGCAUUGAUACCAGGACAUCUUAUGAUUGAUGGCCACUACUGCAUUGAUACCAGGACAUCUUAUGAUUGAUGGCCACUACUGCAUUGAUACCAGGAUAUCUUAUGAUUGAUGGCCACUACUGCAUUGAUACCAGGAUAUCUUAUGAUUGAUGGCAACUACUGCAUUGAUACCAGGAUAUCUUAUGAUUGAUGGCCACUACUGCAUUGAUACCAGGAUAUCUUAUGAUUGAUGGCCACUACUGCAUUGAUACCAGGAUAUCUUAUGAUUGAUGGCCACUACUGCAUUGAUACCAGGAUAUCUUAUGAUUGAUGGCCACUACUGCAUUGAUACCAGGAUAUCUUAUGAUUGAUGGCCACUACUGCAUGCACGGAAUACAAGUGUAGACCUUACCAUGAAAUGCUUACUUACAAGCCCAUAACCAAUAAUGCAAUUUUAAUUAAAAAUAAGAGUUAAAAAUGAUAUUUACUAAAUAAACUCGUUUUUUAAAAAGUAACGCAAUAAAAUAAAAAUUGUGAGGUUAUAUACAGGGGGUACCGGUACCGAGACAAUGUGUAGGGGGGUAGAGGUUAGUCGAGGUGAUUGAGGUAGGUAGGGGUAACGUGACUAUGCAUAGAUCAUAGAGAGGAGCA